AUGUCAACUUGGAAAAAGUGCUCGGAUCUGGGUCUCGGUUAUACGGCCUUGACGCUAAGACUGGUUAAGGAGCCUGUCUUUAAGGCGUUGAAUGAGAUUGUGGGUAGGGUCUGUGGUGUUGCAACUGUGGAUCUGCAAGAGUUCUCUCCGUCAACUGAGGACCCCAUUGGUUAUGAAGCCUUGGAUAUUGGUAGUAUCUCCCCGUUGGUGGUUAGGCCGGAUAAAGGAACACCGCCUAUGUCACCAAGCAAGUCGAACAACUUCUUCAGUAAGCUCGUGGAUUUAUCCCAGAGAAGUGAUACUCCUAUGAGUACUGAAAGUGGAAAAGAUGCUCAGACCGGCGACACCCAGGACAAGGUGGGUGAUAUUCAAAGUCAGAUCGAUGAGAUCAAGUCCAAUUUGAGUCGUUUGACUACGAUGGUUGAGGAGGUUCUCCAAGACCGUGGCUCUCGUCAUUGGGUACGUGAAGACUAUCGGGGACGUCCCUAUAAGAAGAGCUGGAGUAAAAGCUAUGGCUCUGAUGACGGUUGGCAUAAGAAGGGUGAUGAUGGUUGGAAUAAGCGCUACUCGAGUGGUAGCUCUGGCAGUCGUUGGUAA